AUGUCCAAGACCUCUGUGUUUGUCACUGAGUGCAGUGAAGUUAGGAGAGAAGGUGUGGAUAGUCUGGAGGUGAUCAGCCUUCCCUCAGACAAAAUGUCUAACUCUGUCAGCCUCGAAAAGGUGACAACUGUCAAAAAGCCUGUCGAGACAACAACAGGUGAUUCAGGGAGCGUUAGCUCAGAUAAUCAAGGUGCCAUGGAGGCUUAUCCUACAGACAGUGUGGAAAAAAGCCCAACAGGUGAGCUAAAAAUUGCUCAUUAUGCCUUUUUCUUUAUUUUAGAAACACCAGCAAAAGAGAAAAAGGGGAAAGGAGUCCGUGCUGUCUUUCGGAGAGUAUGGAAGGCUGUGAAGCGCCCCUUCCUUUGCUGUGACCCGAACAGAGUGGUGCCUCUUACGCCACAGCCGGACCAAGAAGAUUCAGAGCUAAUCCCAGCUCCAAGUCCCUUCAGAAUCACACCAACGUCUGACACAGGUCCUGUCGAACCUGAGCCGGUGUGUCUGCCAGGCCAGAUCUGUGAAGAUGUUGGUCCCUCUAGGAUUGAGGAAACGCCAGAAAUGCCAGCUGCAGAUCUGGCCGAUCCCGAGCCGUCACCUAUGGAAGAUCCAUCCGCUUCUGAUCUGGGUGACAAAAAACCCAAAAAAGGGAGGAAGAGGAAAGCAGUCCGUUCGUUCUUCCGGAGAUUCCGUAAGGCUGUAAAGCACCUCUUCCCUUGCCGUGAAUCGAAGCAUGUUACACCCCAAGUGGAACUAGACAUUCCUGAGCCAAUUCCAGUCCAAGUUCCAUCUAAGACCAAGUCUGAGGUCGCAGUUCCAGCCACUCCAGAGUUGUCAUUGCAUGUGUCAGAGUCAUCGGAUUCGGAGAUCAGUCUGGAUUCUGGAGUUAGAGUGUCUUUCUUUUUAGUGGGAAAGCUUCUAGGAUCCGGAAGUUUUGGCAAGGUGUAUGAGGGAACCCACAUAUUUAAUGAAAGAAUCAUGGUUGCCAUAAAGAACAUCAAGAAACGUGAAACCGACUGCUAUCUUGACAUCACUGGUCAUUCUAAACCCAUGCUCGCAGAAGUGGCGAUGUUACUUAAGUUGGGACAGGCUCCAUUAUGCCCCAACAUCAUCCAGUUACACCAGUGGAUUGAGAAUAAGAGCAGCUUCUUGCUCAUUAUGGAGUACCCACAACCAUGCAGUACCUUGAAUAAGUACAUCAUGCGUUCAGACAACAUCAAUGAAGGAAAAGCACUCUGGUUGAUCCAUCAGUUAGUCCAAGCUGUGAAACACUGCGUUGACCGUGGAGUCUUCCACGGGGAUAUCCACACAGGGAACAUCCUGGUGACUGACUACGGUUUGGAGCUCAAACUAAUUGAUUUCGGUUGCGCUCGUCCAAUCUGCAGUGAGGGCCUUCUCAGCAUUGAAUAUCGAGGAGCAAAACUCUACACCCCACCUGAGGUCAUAAUGCAUACCAAAUUCGACGCUGAACCGGCAUAUGUUUGGGCAAUAGGUAUUGUGCUGUUUGAAAUCUUGCACGGAUAUUUGCCCUUCAGAGACCAAGACGAAAUACUGCGUGGCUACCUUAAAGCGAAACAGAGUUUAUCCUCAGCAUGCCAUGACCUGCUUUUCCGAUGUUCGAUCCGUAAUCCAGCUAACAGACUGAUGCUGGAGCAUCUAGAAGAGCAUGGGUGGUUUAAUAACUAG